UGACGGGGGUGAUGGAGUCGUUCAACACGGCGAGCGAGUUAGGUACUGUUCGUUUCCGUUAAAAUUCAGUCCUCUCUUUUGGAUCUUCGCCGUCCCGGAAUUCUUCCCGACGAUCUCGCGGAGCCAAACAGCUCUUCCUCCGUCCUUACCGCCGGCGGCUUCUGAGAUCUGAUGCCCGAGUGUUUUGUUGCAAUGAGCUUUUCACAUACAACAUGAAGAUGGACAAGAAAAUCAUGUUGAAGCACGUUUUUGCCUACAACUAGUAAGUUUCUGCAAAAAUGGUGCUCAGCAGCAUUGCUGAAUUUCUUGCUGCUGCAGAGGCUCGCUUCUCAACUUCAAAGACCUCUAAUGGUCCUUUUGUAUCAUCAGCUUUGCCACCAUUGUCAGGUUCAUUCCAUGGAUAUAAGAUUCCUAGCAUAAGUCAGAAGAAUGCAUUACGGCUCUCCUCUUCCAUUUCCCUUCAAGAUUUUUCCGCAUUUCACUCACGUGAUCCAGAGGAUGGUGAUCCUAAUCCUGGAGCAACGAGAAAUUCAACUGAUGCAAGAAGGGCUAACUUUUUUUUGAGAAAAACUGAUGGAUCAAGUUUUUCAAAGGAUAAGGGAUCUCCAGGAAUCCCUUCUACACGCAAGAAAUGGAGGCGAGUUAUUCUGGUUAUCCUCUGCCUGUUGUUUGCUUUUGUGUUGUGUGCUUCACUGUUUUAUUAUUUUAAUUUAUCCGAAGGUGCUUCCGAGUUCUAUGUUGUGCUUGAUUGUGGUAGCACUGGGACUCGUGUGUAUGUAUAUCAAGCGUCGAUUACCCACAAAAAUAGCGACAACCUACCUAUAUCAUUGAGAUCAAUUCCAGGAGAUUUGCAGAGAAAACCAAAAUCUCAGAGUGGACGGGCUUAUAACCGAAUGGAAACUGAACCUGGAUUGGACAAAUUGGUGCAUAAUAUAUCUGGCUUGAGGACAGCAAUCAAACCAUUAAUACGAUGGGCUGAGAAACAAAUCCCCAGGCAUGCACAUAAAACUACCUCCCUAUUCCUUUAUGCAACAGCUGGGGUUCGUAGGUUGCCAAGUUCGGACUCAGAAUGGCUUCUUGAUAAUGCCUGGUCCAUUCUGAAAUAUUCACCUUUUUUAUGCAAGAGAGAGUGGGUCAAAAUUAUCUCUGGAAAUGAUGAAGCUUUUUAUGGUUGGAUAGCUUUGAAUUAUCACAAUGAUGUCUUGGGGUCUAGACCUACAAAGGAAACAUUUGGUGCACUGGACAUGGGUGGCUCAUCACUCCAGGUUACUUUUGAGAGUAAGGAAAUUGCCAAUGAAGAAACUACCUUAAAGCUGAGCAUUGGUCCUGUUAACCAUCGCCUUACUGCCUAUUCCUUGCCGGGAUAUGGCCUGAAUGAUGCUUUUGACAAGUCUGUCUCCCAUCUUCUCAGUAGGCUUCCUAUGUUGAGCGAAGCUGAUAUGGUCAAUGGGAACAUUGAGAUAAAGCAUCCUUGUUUGCACUCUGGUUACAAAGAGCAAUACAUAUGUUCUGAUUGUGCUUCCCAUCAUCAAAAAAUGAAAAACCCUUCCAUUGUAAACAGGUUAGUUAAUAAAGGGGGAAAACCUGGAGUUCCCAUUCAGCUUAUUGGAGCUCCAAAAUGGGAUGAAUGCAAUGCACUUGCAAGAGCCGCAGUCAAUUUGUCUGAAUGGUCUGACCAAAAUCCAGCACUUGAUUGUGAAGUGCAGCCAUGCGCUCUUAAAAAGACUGACCCCUAUCCUAGUGGCAAAUUUUAUGCUAUAUCUGGUUUCUAUGUUGUCUAUCAAUUUUUCAACUUGACUUCUGAUGCCACACUAGACGAUGUAUUAGAGAAGGGUCAAAAUUUUUGUGAGAAGACUUGGGAUGUUGCAAAGAAUAGUGUUGUGCCCCAGCCUUUUAUAGAACAGUAUUGCUUCAGGGCACCAUAUAUAGUGUUUUUAUUGAGAGAAGGAUUGCAUAUCAUUGACAGUAAUGUAAUUAUUGGCUCUGGAAGUUUUACUUGGACACUUGGAGUUGCUCUUGUGGAAGCUGGAAAGGGAGUUUCAAUGAGGUUGGAAUUUCAGAGGUAUAACAUAUUACAGAGGAAGAUAAGCCCAAUUAUUCUCAUAGCCAUUCUGUUUGCUUCAUUGGUUGUUCUACUCUGUGUAUUAUCAUUUGUUGGCAAGUGGAUACCCAAGUUCAUCUGCAGGUCGUAUCUUCCCCUUUUCAGAAAUAAUGCUUCCCCUACAACAUCUAUUAUCAAUGUUCCAAAUCCUUUCCGGCUCCAACGUUGGAGUCCAAUCAAUACCGGGGAGGGAAAAGUGAAAAUGCCACUCAGUCCAACGAUUGCAGAUACACAACGGAGAUCAUUUGACACUGCAUUUGGUUUCAGGGGAAGUAAUAACCACCCCGGUGAAUCUUCCCUGUACCCAUCAUCUAGUAAUGUAGCGCAUAGUUAUUCAUCAAGCAACUUGGGGCAGAUGCAGUUUGAUAAUAGUAACAAUAUGGGUUCAUUCUGGUCCUCACAUAGAAGCCAACAACUUCAGAGCAGGAGAUCACAAUCUCGAGAAGACCUUAAUUCUUCGUUAGCUGAGGGGCCAAUGUUCAAGAUCUAAAGAACAAUCCUUUUUCUGGUUUUUAACAAUUCCUCACUGCCACAAACAGAAACUGGAUCUUAGAACACGAAGCCUCUCAUUGCUCCCUUGCACAGAGAGGGUGCAACGUAGCUAUGUUACAACUUUGGUCAGCUGAAUGAUGAAAGCAGGGAUAGUUCCAGACUGAGAAAGUUUCAAAAUUCGUCGAGAAAGCUGAGAACUGACAUGGUUGGCAGUGGCAUUGAAACAGCAGAGGAAACCUGUACAGUGUAGGGAUUGGAGAAAGAUAUGAUCUCAACGGGAGGGAAAUCGAGAGAUGAGUAUCUGAACAUUAUUCAGAAGCGCAUUGCCACGCCUGUUAUGACUGUUUGAUCCUUUCACUAAUUCGAUAGCUGGCCUGAAAUCUUGAUAGCAAACUUGUGUUGUUGAUUACUUUCUCCCUCGAAAAUUUUGGAGGAAACUCACUGUAUUAUGUCAGAUUAUAGAUUAGCUCGUUCUGAUUAUAGUAUCAUCGUUCAUGUUUGUGCAGAAAAA